AUGUUGAUCCUGUGGUUCGUUGAUUCGGACGAAAACCAUGAUCCAAUUGUCGUUUUUGGAGAUUCAUUCUUUGUUAACCAAAAAUUUUAUCCCAGUAGCCAGGGUGACUAUGAAGAGAAUAUGAUAAUACCGUCUCAUUCCAUUUCUGCAAAUCAUGUGGAUCCAUGGGACCAUAACUGGGGCAAUACAUUUCCUAAUGCAGCUGCAAUUGGAUGGACAGGAUUUUGUAAUAAUGAAUGGAACAUCAUCGCUGGAAGUGGUCACGCUGGGUAUGCAUCAUGGAUAGGUGGUUGGAAUUACUCGCAUAACCCUCACAAUUUUGGAGUCGAACCUGCAAAUGUAACUGAAGGGAGAACCAAUGGAGUGCAAGGAUAUGGUACCUGA